CAAAAUAGCUAAAUCCAUUUUGCAAUUUCUUAAAAAGAAAAAAUCCCAUCAUAGUUCAGGGACGGGCAGCGGCAGCGGCAGCGGUACUGAGGGCAAGUUACAGCAGCAGCACAGCAGCGAGGAGGAAGGCGGUGGUGCGUGUGGAGGACAGCAGCAAGCAGCCGCCGCUAGCCACAAAAUAACGCCGCCUAACACAGCAAGCACCAGCAGCACAACAACAACAGCAGCAGCAGCAACACUCGAGACAACAACAACAGACGCGAAAGGCAGAAAGAGCAGCGAAGUUGCCGCCGCAGAGGAGCCACAAGCUCAAGUCUCCACCAGCGCCACGUUCCGUUUGUCAUCGCUAACCGGCACUAUAUCCAAGAUGGGUAACAACGCCACCACAUCCAACAAGAAGGUGGAUGCCGCCGAGACGGUCAAAGAGUUUCUGGAGCAGGCCAAGGAGGAGUUCGAGGACAAGUGGCGUCGCAAUCCAACCAAUACGGCGGCGCUCGAGGAUUUCGAGCGCAUCAAGACGCUGGGCACGGGCUCCUUUGGCCGGGUGAUGAUUGUGCAGCACAAGCCGACAAAAGACUACUACGCCAUGAAGAUCUUGGAUAAGCAGAAGGUGGUCAAGCUGAAGCAGGUGGAGCAUACGCUAAACGAGAAACGCAUCCUGCAGGCCAUACAGUUCCCAUUUCUAGUCUCGUUGCGCUAUCACUUCAAGGACAACUCCAAUCUCUAUAUGGUGCUGGAGUAUGUGCCCGGCGGAGAGAUGUUCUCGCAUCUGCGCAAGGUCGGACGCUUCUCGGAGCCCCAUUCGCGUUUCUAUGCGGCGCAGAUUGUGCUCGCCUUUGAGUAUCUGCAUUAUCUCGAUUUGAUCUAUCGCGAUCUGAAGCCAGAGAAUCUACUGAUUGACUCGCAAGGUUAUUUGAAGGUCACCGAUUUUGGCUUUGCCAAGCGCGUCAAGGGACGCACCUGGACGCUAUGCGGCACACCCGAAUAUCUGGCGCCCGAGAUUAUCUUGUCCAAGGGCUACAACAAGGCCGUGGACUGGUGGGCGCUGGGCGUGCUCGUCUAUGAAAUGGCCGCCGGCUAUCCACCGUUCUUUGCAGACCAGCCCAUACAGAUCUAUGAGAAAAUCGUGUCCGGCAAGGUGCGUUUCCCCUCGCACUUUGGCUCCGAUCUGAAGGAUCUGCUGCGCAACUUGCUGCAAGUGGAUCUGACCAAGCGCUAUGGCAAUCUGAAAGCGGGCGUCAAUGAUAUUAAGAAUCAAAAAUGGUUUGCCUCCACAGACUGGAUUGCGAUCUUCCAAAAGAAAAUUGAGGCACCGUUCAUUCCGCGGUGUAAAGGGCCCGGCGACACAAGCAAUUUCGACGAUUACGAGGAGGAGGCGUUGCGAAUUUCUAGCACCGAAAAAUGCGCCAAGGAGUUUGCUGAAUUCUAGAAACAAAAAAGCACAAUAUACAUCACAUUAUCACAUUUAUUAUUGUGGUUGUUGUUGUUGUUAUUGUUGUUGCUGCUGUUGUUGUUGCCAACACAAUUCAUCUUCGUUACCAUCAAUCGUCGUUGUUGUUGAUGUUGUUGCUAUUGUCGUCGUCGUCUCGUCUAUAUGUCUACUACUUACCAACUAUACAGCUACAGCUAUAACUACAACUACAACUACUACUAUAGCCUAUAACUACUACAACUACAACAAAUAAUUCAAAUGGAAACUAAGCUACAACAACUACUCAUCGUGUCUAAUUUGGAACAUCAAUCAUCAAUACAUCAAUACGAACAACAUCAAUACGUCAGUACAGCAGCAACUACAACUGCAUUUUUCAAUUUUUGGAUUUUAUUUAUCCAACAAAACGGCCGCUAUAAUUAACAACAAACUUGCGUACACGCUAGCGGCGACUUUCUAUGAAUGCGAACUGUUACUUCAAACUGAUGAUGAACCAAAACUGAUGAG